GUCAGUGUGGGUCUUCAGGCCAGGUGUCGUCUGUCUGCCCGGCCCUCAGAAGGAACGUGGGCCCAGACAGCUUUCUCUACACGGAAGAUCCCAUUACAAGGGCACACGAGUCAUAAGGGCCCUGGACGACUGCCACGCACACUCCCGGGUCGUGGGCUCAGAAUACAGCCCUGCUCCUUUAAAUCCGAAGAGCAUCGUAGAGUCCCGCCCUCGAGGCAGUGCGACGUCGGCGGGGGGGCGUGGCUUUCCUGUCAUUGGCUGAGUCAUGCCGUAUUUUGGAACGUGUGCGCGGGAGUCGAGCGCUCGGAUUGGAUUAAGGGCCUGCUUGUCUGCGUGCCUCCGGGGUCACUGUUCACCCGCGGGGCAUUGGCGUUCGGUUCCUGGGUCUCCCACGUUCCAUUCCCCGGUGGGUCCGGGUUCCGGUUCCUCGCGGACCCGCUACGUAUCCCGGUCGGUGCGUGGACGCCGAGACGCUGGCAGACCAUGGCAGAGCACUCCCAGAAGCGGGGGAAGCAACGUGAUGGCGAGGGGCUGGGCAGUGCUGUGGACUUCCUCCUGGCCAACGCCCGCCUGGUGUUGGGUGUGGGCGGGGCUGCUAUACUGGGCAUUGCUACCCUGGCGGUGAAGCGGCUCAUUGACAGGGCCACCAGUCCUCGGGAUGAGGAUGAUGCCAAGGGGGACAGCUGGAAGGAGCUAAGCCUACUGAAGGUCACACCACCCCGACAGCCCCAGUCCCCUGCUGCCCUCAGCCAGCCCGUAUCACCCCUGUCCCCUUUGUCCUCUGCCCCAGAGGAGCCCACGGACACCGAUGCUCAGACACCACCUCAGCUCAGCUCCCCACCACCACUCUGCUUGACGUUCCAGGAGAAGCUGUUGGCAUUUGAACGUGACCGUGUGGUUAUCCCAGCAGCCCAUGUUGCUUUGGCCAAGCAACUGGCUGGCGACAUUGCCCUGGAGCUACAGUCCUACCUGAGGAACAAGUUUCCAGAACUGCCCUUUGGGGCACUUAUGCCUGGUGGGCCGCUCUAUGAUGGGCUCCAGGCAGGGGCUGCUGAGCACGUGCGCAUCCUGGUACCCCUGGUGUUGGAGCCGGGCCUGUGGAGCCUGGUGCCUGGUGUGGACACGGUGGCCAGGGACCCUCGCUGCUGGGCUGUGCGCAGGACUCAGCUUGAGUUCUGCCCCCGUGGGAGCAGCCCCUGGGACCGCUUCCUGGUCGGGGGCUACCUCUCCUCACGGGUCCUGCUAGAGCUGCUCCGCAAGGCCCUGACUGCCUCUGUCAACUGGCCGGCUAUUGGCAGCCUGCUGGGGUGCCUGAUCCGGCCCAGUGUGGCCUCGGAGUUGCUGCUGGAAGUGCAACACGAGCACAUGGAGCUCACUGUGUCUGUGCUUGUGGCAGUCCCUGGGGCCAGUGCCGAUGACCAUCUCCUGCUCGCCUGGCCUCUGGAGGGACUGGCGGGGAACCUCUGGCUUCAGGACCUGUACCCGGUGGAGGCAGCCCGGUUGCGGGCCCUGGAUGAACGGGAUGCUGGCACUCGCCGGAGGCUGCUGCUGCUGCUGUGUGUUGUCUGCCAUAGCCACCCAGCCCUGGAGAGGCUGGGCCGGGGCCACCUGACCCAGGUGGUUCUGCGCCUGGGGGAGGAAGAAGUGAACUGGGCUGAGGAGGUCCUAGGGGAGCGCUUUCUGCAGGCCCUGGAGUUGCUUGUUGGCAGCUUGGAGCAGGCCAACCUGCCCUGCCACUUCAACCCCAGCGUGAACCUCUUGGGGGGCUUGUGGGAGGAGGAGAUCGAUGACAUUGGGUAUGCCCUGUACAGUGGCCUGAAGGCGCCCGAGGGGCUGCUGUAGAUGAGUGAUAACUGGGUGGCCCACACGUUUUCUCACUCCGGUGAGCUGCUGCUGCCUCCCUCCCAGAGAUCUGCAGAGUGGUGUUUUGCUUGCUUUUUGCCAGUACGAAGGAGGGAGGGUACAUUACCUAAGCCCACGGUGUAGGCAUAUGUGUGGGCAAUGGUUGCCCAGAUCCCUGAGCCUGGUGAGUUUGGGUUGCUGUCACCUGAGUGCUUGGGCUACCCUGUGUGGCUUGCAGUGCCAGCCAGUCACUCAGGUGCCCCCAGCCCUCUGGGGCCAAUCUGGAACCUUGUGCUCAGUCCAUCAUCACCAGCAAUGAAUCCAUCAAGAACAUAGCUUCUGCCAUCCCAGGCAGGGUGAAGGCCGCUCUAUCUUUCUGCCAAGAGAGAAAUUUAACACUUUCCUUGGGCAUCCUGGAGGCACCUAGAUCCUGGUCAUUGAAUAUCACGUAUUUGUUCUGCUCUGGGGACUAGAGUCACCCGGCACCCUGGAGGACAGCUUUUUAGUUGUUGAAUGUUUCCAUGCAUUGGUUUUCUGGUUGCAUUCUCCUCGAGCUCUGGAGCAGGGGCUUGGUCUCACCUGCUGCCCACUUGAUACCUAAGGGAAGGCCCUUUUCCCACCUGCUGGCUGAGUGUUCACUUCAGGUGGCUGAGGCCCCUAGGAGAGCCCCUUCCUAGCUGGGGUGCUGAGCUCUGUUCUACCUACCCAGGGCUGUGCACAGCAGCUGCUCCUGGGCCCCACUGGAAAGCAGUGAAUGUGUCUUUCCCAGAGGCCUAUGCGCAGACUCAGCUUCUACAGAGUGCCAAACAGACUGCUCUCCAGUAGGUGUCCUGACCUUGUGGCCUGGCUGAGGUAGCAGGGGCUGGAGGAGGGAGACUGCCUGCCUUCCCAGGGGCCCAUCCUGUUGUUGGUUCCCUCCUGCUGAAACAAAGCUAUGCCUUGAAGAAUGUGAACAGGAAUAAAAGAGAAUUCUUCUGCAUGUGUGACUUGCUGGGGAAGGCAGUCUUGGCAUCUUCACACAGUUUGGAGUCAGAGUCCUGUGGCUUUGCUUGGCUUGGCAGCUUGGCAAGAGAACUUGAGGUCAACUUGGAGGUGUUAGGAUUUAUUUUACAAAGGAGUGUCUUAAUCUGUUUGGGUUGCUAUAACAGAAUGCAUAGACUGGAUGGGUUCUAAAUGACAGAAAUGUCUCACUUGUGGAGCCUGGGAAUCCAAGAUUGAGGCACCCACAGAUUCCAUGCCUGGUGAGGGUUUGUGGAUGUCACCUUCCUAUGGUGUUGCAUUUCCUGCGGAGAGCCCCACACCCUCCAGCUGUGACUACAAGACAGAUGGGAUGGUGUCACCAGGGAAGGAGACUAGUGUAGCUGAGGCGCCUUCCAGUUGCUUGGUCGGGGACUGACUGGGGCCUGGAUGCAUGGGAGCAUCACACAGUUUUACUGGUGGUGGUAGGUUACAAGGGAGCAGCCGGGUUAGAGCCUGUGGCUCAGUCCUCCCAUCUGUGAAAUGGGGCAUUGUGUAAGGCUUUCAUGGCAGCUGUGAGGACUAACAGGUGGGCAGUACUAACCCAGCGCCUGGCACAAGGCAAAGGCCCGGAAAGGGAGAUGCCUGGGCCUUGCUGUCUCCUUCUCCACCAGUGUCACCAAGCCCUGGCACAGCAAGGCCUUUUCAACUACCAGGGCCACAAGGCUGUCCUGGGCUCUAAAGAAGGGCUAACCUGAGCAGGUCACUGGCAGCUGUCCAGGAAGUCAGCUCCAUUUACUGAUUUUUUUUCUGCAGUACUGGGAAUGAUCCUGGGGUCACACAAACUAGGCAUGUGCUCUACUACUGAGCCAACCCGAGUCCUCUUCUCAGACUACAACCUCUGUGAACCUGAUGUGGGUUGAUGUGAACUUCCCCACUCACAGCCUUGUGCGGGAACAAAAAAACCUGGAUGAGUUUAAAGGAAGAGAAUUGCUCAUGGUCAUGUCACUUAGCCAAGGUGAAUGUCUGGAACUGAAGUUCUAGCCAGAGGAGCUCUGGAAACAAUCAGGCACUUUGCUGAGAGCAUACAGGAUUGUUGGCCUGGGCUGGCUGGGUCCUGGCUCCCGGCAGGCCAAGCUGCUAACUUUCACUCACUCCCCUUGAAGUCAGGGAUGCCUCAGCUCUGCCCACCCAGGGAGCUGGGUGUGUUCCUCCUCAUAACUAGAACCUUCAGUGGUGGCAAAACCAAGCACUUUAUUUUUUAUUUAUUUAUUUUUUACCCACUGCCCCCUCGACCAAGGCACUUUAGUGCCUUGUUUCGCCUUCACCAAGUGACCCAGAGACAGGAGUUCUGGUGACUGCGGCAAGGCAGGGAUCCACCUGCUCAGAAAGCAAGGACCACCAGGGCAGAUUGGAAAAGGAAAAAGUGCUGCAAAAAUGGAAGACAGAUGUAUUGAUUUACAAAGUGUCACCCGCAGGUCCUCCAUCCUACCGUAAGUCGAGAAUAGACCUCAGCCAGGGUGUAGCUCUGUGGUAGGGUGUGUGCUUAGUGCGUGCAGGUCCCUGGGUUCCCC